GAGCUUCCGUAUAAUUCUCAACUGGUUUAUGCUGCCCGCCGCAAAUACGCUUGGGUUUGUGUCUUUGCUAGCCAGAACUGCGCAUGUCAUUGUCGCCAGCUCUUUGUAUUCUGACAUUCGCUGUCAAACGACAACGUUUUAUUCUUCCAAAUAAACAAAAGUCUGCUCGCGGCUGCUCGGGUCUAUAGAAUAAGUUGUUUAACUGGCUGGAAAGGCGUUUAUUGGCCCAGUUGGCGGCCAACACAGCAUGUCCAGAGCUCUCCUCACACUCGCCUACUUUGUGCUCACCUCCUGCUCCAUUGUGUUCACGGCCUGCGUUAAUAAUGUGACUGGCACGGGCACCAGCUCGCCCGGAUCGGGACCCAAUUCGGUAGUCAGCCUGAGCACCUCGCUUACCAGCGGCGGGCAUAUUCAUCGCACGGCGGCGGCCAUCGAGCGGGUGAACAAGCUCUGGUGCUAUGCCUGUGAUACCAUGGACGACGGUCCGGCCUGCGUAGAUGUCCUUGAGCGCAACAGCACGGCGCUAAUGAAGAAGUGUCAGGGCGAGGAGUUCAUCUGCAUGGUCAAGCGUUUCUCGUACACCACCAGCACAGAGAACUCCACGAGUUCGCCAAAGAUGUGGUCGCUGGAUCGACGAUGCGCCGUCAACUGUGAGCCCGGCUGCAUUGUUAUAGGUGAGCGCACCAAGCUCUAUGCCUGCACAUCCUGCUGCGAGGAGUCCUUCUGCAAUACGGGUCGUGGCGGCGCCGCGGGCAUAUUCCAUCGCGAGGCAACGGGUAUUGGCACACGAAUCUUUUGGCUGGCAGCCCCGUUCCUGGUCAACAUAUCGCUAAUGCUCUACAAGCGGCAUGCCGGUCAUGUGCUCAUCCAGCUACAGUAGUCCCUCGCAAUGCGGCGCCGAAACAAAAGGCGUGUGUACCUCAUUGAUUUAGCCAAUUUAAGUAGCCAAACCAAACACUCAACUUGCCCAAAGCUAUUAACUAAACUAGCUAACUGUACCAGUUCGUUUGCCCGCAUUUUACCUACUCCUAGAUUUAGAUAUACAACUAUACUUUAUACUAGCCUGCAUAAGAGUACUUGUGUGUGUACUUGAGUAUAGUUACCUAAGGGUCAUGGUGUGAUAAUAAAUGAAUCCAAGUGUCAGUCAGCGCGAGUAUUUAUCAAGUUAUCUUUCGUGGGCCGAAAAGUCAGAACCAGUUAAAUGCAUCUUAGCAAAUUCUGCAGUCAGAACCAGUUGUGAAUUUUAAAUGCAUCUUAGCAACUUCUGCAGUUGAUAUGUAUUUAAAAGAAAUCCUUUUUAUGCUUAAUCCUCGCUAAGAAAUUUUAGAUAAUUGAUUUGAUUAUUAGAU